AUUUGUUGUGCCCUAGAGUUCUCUUGCAAAACUAAAGGUACCUAGCGUAAAAUUAAUAGCUACAUUUACCUUAAAAAAAUUACACGGCGGUGUUGUAAAAAACAUUGUUCAGUAACUAGGUACUUCACUAUAUUAUAAUAUAAAAUUUAACAACAUUUCCCAUGUUCUACUCUACAUACCUUAGAUUAACAAUAUAAGAACAAGAUGGAGUGUCACUUUACUGGCGCAUUCGACGCUGUAUCUAUGUCAGGUCAGUAUGUACAAUACCUAGGAACUUACGUAGCGUAUGACAUGCAAUGCAGUGUGUUAAAAAGGAUAGACAAGACACACAGAGUUGUAGAUUUUCACCUUUACUAUAAUUAUUUACCACUAUUGCAACCCCUUGUACUUUUAUAUAUCCGUCCUCAUUGCUUCGCCGUAGACAAGUAAAAAAGCUACAAUAAAUAAAAUUGCGAUGGCCAUGGCUUGGCCAUCGCAAUUUUUACUUACUUUUUGACAGGUAAUAAACAGGAAAGUGAUGGUUUUCAGUAUGAAGUUAGUAAUUAUGACUGUGCUAUUUUACUAUGGGAGCUGUGAGGACAAGGUGACUGUGAGGGAGCCCCCCGCGCUCCCCGCGACCCCCGCCAACAGGAUCGUCAGGGGACAACCCACCACCGUCAGGAGCUACCCUUACAUGGCGUAUUUACGAUCAUUUUAUAUGAUGCAUGGUCAGAGGCAGCUGGGGGGUUUCUGUGGGGGCGUGAUACUCACACAGCACCACGUGCUUACCGCUGCGCACUGCUUAUUUCGAAAAAUCAAUGACACUACAGCUGCUACUGGAACUACCAUCUUGAGGGCAUCUAAAGUUGUCAUUCGCGUCGGAUCUACCUACAAUGACCGCGGAGGCUCAGAGCAUGUGACGUCCAAGUUCGUGGUUCACGAGAGCUAUACCUUACCUUUUAACGACGUGGCAGUGUUGGUGCUGUCGGACAGUAUAAGCAACUACCGGAGCAGCUCGGUGCAGCCAGCCGCCAUCCCCCCGAGGGGGUAUGUGGUCCCGGACAACGCGUCUGUGGUAGCUGUCGGGUGGGGACAUACUGAUACGAACUGCAGCUACUCAAGCCCCCUCGGCCUGCGGCACGUGGGGCUGCGCACGGUGGACCGAGACACCUGCGCCGCGCGGUGGAGGCAGGAGGUCCCAGAACUCCCCGACUCCAUGCUCUGCGCGGGGCUGCUUGGUGUUGGAGGAGCCGGUGCUUGCAGGGGUGAUUCCGGUGGUCCCCUGGUGUACAACGGGGUGGUGGUGGGGGUGGCCGCGUUUGUUAUGACAUGCGACGAUUCCUUCUACCCUCAAGUAUUCAUGCGCGUCUCUAGCUACACCGACUGGAUCAACAACACUGUAAGUCAAAACCAGGUUGUGGCUGUGCACAAGAACAGUCACAACACCGCCGUGGCAGCUGACGUCACCAGUCUGAUGCUACUCGCCUUCGCAACGUCAAUUUGGAUAUUGUUUUCCGAAAUCUGAUUAUUUUUUUAAGUAAGAUGAUAGUUUUAGUGUAAAAAGAGGAUGGGCGUUUUGGGACCUAUGUCCAAUAAAGAUGAGUCACACAUCGAACACGUAUUUUUUAAAUGGGAGAUAUUACUUUCAACAGGUUUUAUUUACUGAUAUAUAAUAAAAUAUAAUAAUAUUAAAAUAAAUGAUGAUCAUUUGUUAUAAAAAUUAAAAAUGAAUGUCAAAAAAUAACAAAAACAUGAAAAUUACAGAAAUAAAAUAUAAACACUUUCAAGGUAUGAUUAUUCUAAUUGGACAGUAAAUCAGGGCCUCAAGUCUGCUAAUGAAUGGCGGCUCAAUGCUGUGUCGUCUGAAUGGUUUUCCGACUUUAGGUAUCUGUUUUCUCUUUGUUAGUGAGUCCCAGUAGUGCAAUAUGAAACACUUAACACUUAUUACUGUUUAUUAACGUUAGUUCUUUAAAAAAGAUGCAAUAAAUAUUUCCUAAAACGCAGAUAAUGAAUACCUACAGUGCGAAACCCAUGCUGCCGACACACAACUGUGCCGCCAUUCCUUAGCAGACUUGGGGCCCAGGAGUCGCUUCUCUUAUUCAUAUUCUGCAAAAAAAACCUUUUCAACGACGUAUCACUCAUUUCUAUUGGUGCUGGUCCCAGCUUCCAUAGAUUUGUGUCCAUCCUCUUGAAAACAGUUUCAUUAAAUAAUUUAAAUUUUUGUAAUUUAACAUAAUUUUUAUAAAUUUAUUAUGGUUCAUAUGGUUUUUUUCCUAUUAUACAUAUAGGAUGUUGCCGGAGUGGUAUAUGUAGAUUAUGUAGUUACCUGAAGAGGGGUGACACAGACUCAUUCCGUGUAGCUUUUUUUAGGUAACUAGUUUAACUUAAUGAUGUUGAUG